AUGUCUCUAAAACAGGAGAGGAAGAUUGAUUCAUCUGCUCUGCAGAAGAUUGCUGCAGACAUGAGCAACCUAAUAGAGAGCCUAGAUACCAGCGAGCUCCACUUUGAUGGAGAGGAAGUGGAUUCUGAUAUCGUUAGUGACUCUAAAGCAACCGGUGCCUGCUUUCCUUUCUCUGCUAUUUAUUGCACAAAGGGGUUUAAAGAACCUGAGCUCCAAACAUACUUGCCAGGAUGUCCUAUAAAAGUCAAGGUUCUAGAAGUAGAGCGUUUUGCCACUUCAUCUACGUCAAAGACGUCAGUUAUGAGCAUUUACACAAUUGAGCUGACUCAUGCGGAAUUCACGUGGCAAGUCAAGAGGAAAUAUAAGCACUUCCAGGACCUACACAGGGAACUCCUACGAUAUAAAGCUUUCAUCCGUAUCCCUAUUCCCACCAGAAGCCACACAGUAAGAAGACAGACAGUAAGAAGAGGAGAUGUGAGGGCGAUGCCAAAUCUACCUCGGAAUGCUGAGAUUGUCAGAGAGGAGCAGGCCUCAAGCAGAAGGAAACAGCUGGAAGACUACUUAACCGCACUUUUAAAGAUGCCAAUGUAUAGAAAUUAUCAUGCCACAAGAGAAUUCAUUGAUGUGAAUCAGCUUUCUUUCAUCCAUGAUCUUGGACCAAAGGGCAUAGAAGGCAUGAUCCAGAAGAGAUCUGGAGGUCACAGAAUUCCAGGCUUAAAUUGUUGCGGACAAAGAAGUGUUUGCUACCGAUGGUCAAAAAGGUGGCUGGUUGUGAAAGACUCUUUCCUUUUGUACAUGAAGAUCGACACUGGUGCCAUUUCCUUUGUUCUAUUGGUUGAUAAGGAGUUUAACAUAAAGAUUGGAAAAAGGGACACUGAGACUGAGUACGGACUGCGGAUAGACAAUCUUUCUAGAUCUUUAAUCUUGAAAUGUAACAGCUACAGACAUGCCCGCUGGUGGGGACAGGCUAUUGAAGAAUUUGUUAGGAAGCAUGGUAAAAACUUCCUUACACCUCACAGAUUUGGUUCAUAUGCUGCCGUCCAGAAAAACACACUCUGCAAGUGGUAUGUCAAUGCAAAAGGAUAUUUUAAUGAUGUGGCAGAUGCUAUGGAAGCAGCAAAAGAGGAAAUUUUCAUUACAGAUUGGUGGCUGAGUCCAGAAAUAUUCCUCAAGCGACCAGUGGUGGAAGGAAAUCGAUGGAGACUAGACUGUGUCCUAAAGAGAAAAGCUCAACAAGGAGUCAAGAUCUUUAUCAUGCUGUAUAAGGAAGUAGAAUUGGCUUUGGGUAUAAAUAGUGAAUACAGUAAGAGGACUCUCAUGCGUAUACAUCCAAACAUUAAGGUGAUGAGACAUCCAGAUCACAUGUCAUCUUCUGUCUACUUGUGGGCACACCAUGAAAAAAUAGUUGUAAUUGACCAGUCUGUGGCUUUUGUGGGAGGAAUUGACCUGGCAUAUGGCCGAUGGGAUGAUGAUGAGCACAGACUCACAGAUGUGGGCAGUGUCAAGAGAAUUAUAGGAGCACAGUCAACUAAUGCCAUAAAUUUGGCCCUGUCAGAUUCCAGCCAUACCUUGAAUGGUGAAGACAAAUCUGAGAGAAAGACCAACUUCCAAGUAAAGAGUAGGCAUGGGGAAGAGGUAGUAGAUCACUCCAAGAUACGAGGAAUGGGAAAAUCCAGAAAAUUUGGUAAAUUCAGCCUGUACAAGCAGCUCCACAAGCACAACCUGCAACAUGCAGAUAGCGUCAGCAGUAUAGACAGCCAAUCCCACAGGGGAUCUGUGCGAAGCCUACAGACAGGUGUGGGAGAACUUCUUGGUGAAACCAGAUUCUGGCAUGGGAAAGACUACUGCAACUUUGUGUUUAAAGACUGGGUGCAGCUGGAUAAACCCUUUGAUGACUUCAUUGACCGAUACCAAACACCCAGAAUGCCCUGGCAUGACAUUUCUUCUGUGGUACAUGGGAAAGCAGCUCGUGAUGUGGCAAGACAUUUUAUUCAGAGAUGGAAUUUCACAAAGAUCAUGAAGCCAAAGUAUCGGUCUCUUUCCUACCCUUUCCUUCUGCCAAAAUCUCACAAAACAGCCAAGGAAUUGCCUUAUCAGGUUCCGGGGGCAGUGCAGGCUUGUGCACAGGUGAUCCGUUCUGCAGCAGACUGGUCAGCAGGUAUCAAGUACCAUGAAGAGUCCAUUCACAAUGCGUACAUCCACGUAAUAGAAAACAGCAAGCACUACAUAUACAUUGAGAACCAGUUUUUUUAUCAGCUGUUCUGACAAUAAAGUUGUGUUUAACAAGAUUGGUGAUGCAAUUGCUCAGAGAAUCAUCAAAGCUCACAAGGAAAACAAAAGGUAUCGGGUGUAUGUCAUCACUCCGCUCCUCCCUGGGUUUGAAGGAGACAUUUCAACGGGAGGAGGAAAUGCCUUGCAGGCUGUCAUGCAUUUCAACUACAGGACCAUCUGCAGGGGAGAGCAUUCCAUCAUUGAACAGCUGAAAGCAGAAAUUGGGGAUAAAUGGCUGAACUACAUAUCUUUCUGUGGUCUCCGAACCCAUGCUGAGCUGGAAGGAAACCUGGUCUCUGAACUGAUAUAUGUCCACAGCAAGCUGCUCGUUGCCGAUGACAACACUGUCAUCAUUGGUUCUGCUAAUAUCAAUGACCGCAGUAUGAUGGGAAAGCGCGACAGUGAGAUGGCAGUUAUUAUACAAGACACAGAAAUGGUUCCUUCAAUCAUGGAUGGCGAAGAUUAUCAAGCUGGAAAAUUUGCUCUGUCACUUCGCAUGCAUUGUUUCAGGCUUCUUCUUGGUUGCCUCAAUGAUCCCUCUCUUAGCAUCCAGGACCCAGUUAGUGACAGAUUCUUCAAAGAGGUUUGGGUGGCUACAAGUGCACGCAACACAACCAUUUUUGAUAAGGUCUUCAGAUGUCUUCCCAGUGAUGAAGUGCUCAACUUUUUUCACUUGCCAGAGUUCCUUUCAAAGCCAGCACUGACCACACAGGACCGUACCAAAGCACAGGAAGAGGUCCAAAGGAUUCGAGGGUUUGUGGUCCAGCUGCCAUUCUUGUUCUUGUCUGGAGAAAACCUCUUGCCAUCUGUGGGUACUAAAGAGGCCAUGGUACCCAUGGAAACAUGGACAUGA